AAACGGGGCGCGUUGAUUUCCGGGAGACGGCGCUCAUGGAGGCUCCGGAGUAGCGAAGCGUCUGAGGGGGGGUUCGGCGGUCGCUGCCAUGUUCGGCUGUCUGGUGGCGGGCAGGCUGGUUUCCAUGAUCCUGGGGUUGUGCCAGCCAGGUGGUCUACAGCCACUGCUUAUAGACUUGGCAAUCUCUUCUGCACCCUAUUUUCCUCCUACGCACAUGGGGAGCGAAGGUACAAGCAGCUCCCCAGCAAGUGGCUGAAGACAAAUUUGUAUUUGAUUUACCGGACUAUGAAAAUAUCAACCAUGUAGUGGUCUUCAUGCUGGGAACAAUACCAUUUCCUGAAGGAAUGGGAGGAUCUGUCUAUUUUUGUUAUCCGGACCAGAGUGGGAUGGCAGUGUGGCAGCUGCUGGGAUUUGUCACUAAUGAGAAGCCAAGUGCCAUCUUCAAAAUUUCUGGUCUGAAAUCUGGGAAGGGAAGUCAACAUCCUUUUGGUGCCAUGAACCUCCCUCAGACGCCAACAGUGGCCCAGAUUGGAAUCUCAGUGGAACUGCUGGAGAACCUGGCCCAGCAGACUCCGGUUGCAAAUGCUGCUGUGUCAUCAGUAGAUUCAUUCACAGAGUUCACUCAGAAGAUGUUGGAUAACUUCUAUAACUUUGCUUCCUCAUUUGCUGUUACUCAGGCACAGAUGACUCCAAAUCCUUCUGAAGCUUUUAUUCCUGCAAAUGUAGUUCUGAAAUGGUAUGAGAACUUCCAGAGACGUCUGACACAGAACCCUCUCUUCUGGAAAACAUAAGCUUAAAUUGUUUCAUUUGAAGCGCUUUCUAAACAGUGUUACCUGAAAGAUACAGCAAGUAACCCCACCGAAGAAAUUUUUUUUGGGAGGGAAGAAAAACGAUUAGUCUGAAUAGACAAACUUGUAACUUUUGUAUUACUCUUAAAAAAUAUUUAAAAUUAAAAUCUGUGAAAACCA